UAAUCUAAAGCUCAUCUCACGGAUCUUGCCUCUCUCUCUCUCUCUCUCUCUCUCUCUCUCCACUAUCUUAUAUGUUCUUUCUAUAUAUAUAAAUAUAUAAAGCAGCCCCCUUUGCUAGCUGAGGCCUGGAGAAUUUACUCGUUAAGACUUUUGAGACUCUGCAAGAUAGUAAGAUACACACACACCUUCCCUCUUACCUUACACACAAAAUCAAAAUGACUUCUUGGAAAAAAACCAUCACAACCCCAUUCAAAAAAGCUUGUACUUUCUUCAACCAGCAGCCCAGCAGAGACCCAAAGAAGAGCCAGCCAGGGCAAGAGAAUCGUGCGAUGGAUUUGCAUGGUGAAGUGAUGGCAUGUGCUUAUGAAGAUGUGCAGGUGAUGUGGUCUAUUCUGGACAAGUCCAAGUCCUCAACCUGCAAUAUUACUUCUUGAUAUAUGUAUUUUACAGCCCAACAACAACAAAAAAAAACAAAAGCCACCAACUCAGCUUCAGCAGUCAGCAACUAGCAAUAGCAUAUGUUGAAUGAUGCGCUAUAUAGGAGUUAUGUUUUUGGUCAUACUAGCACUUUAUUUAUUCGGAUCUGGUAUGCAAUUGCAUCAUUUUGUAAAUAAAUGAUAUUCUGGGCUGACAUCAAUCUUCUUUAAAAAUGGUAGCAAGAUGAAGGAGAUGCUGUUGUGAUGAUGAGGCAUAUUAGUACAAUGCCCAUUUGAAGCUGGUGGCACUUUUAGUUUUUUUCUUUUUUUUGGGUCAAGAGGUCGUUUCUUUUAGGGAAUCCCCGUGACAAAUGAAUAUCACGGUGAGAUUAUUAAUGGAAAUUCAGUUUUUUAUUUCUA